GUCGCGCCGCAGAGCUCCUGGGAUCUCAGUCUGGUGCUUGUUCCGCUGCGAGGAGCCAUGUCCGGCCGCGGCAAGAGUGGCGGUAAGGCCCGGGCGAAGGCCAAGUCUCGUUCCUCCCGGGCCGGGCUGCAGUUCCCCGUCGGGCGUGUUCACCGGCUGCUGCGGCGCGGACAUUAUGCGGAGCGGGUGGGUGCUGGCGCACCCGUUUAUCUGGCGGCCGUGCUGGAGUACCUGACGGCCGAAAUCCUGGAGCUGGCAGGCAACGCGGCCCGCGACAACAAGAAGACGCGCAUCAUCCCCCGCCACCUACAGCUGGCGGUGCGCAACGACGAGGAGCUCAACAAGCUGCUGGGCGGUGUCACCAUCGCGCAGGGCGGGGUACUGCCCAACAUUCAGGCCGUGCUACUGCCCAAGAAGACUGGUGGCGGCGCCGCGAGCCCAGCCAAGGCCGGGAAGAAGGGCAGCGGGCAGCAGUCGCAGGAGUACUAGGCCUGGCACUCCCCUACCCCCUCCCCCACCCCCCCCACCACACAAAGGCCCUUUUCAGGGCCACUCCAUUGCUCACUGGGAGAGCUGCGAUCCGCGGGAGGGAAGAAGCAGGAGCUGCGUCUGUGUCCUGGCGCAGGGCCCAGGGCAGUGCCGCCCCACGCCCGGAGGCCAACGACGCUAGGAGCAGGCAGGAAGCACCAGCAGCCGGCAUGCCUGCUCGAGUUCAGUCACAGAAACUGUAAAUAGGUGACGUUCUCCAUAAAGACUCACUCUUGGGUGCUUAUAACAUGACUGUUUAUCUGCUGUUAAGUUCAGCGGAUAUUGCACAGAAAAUAAACAAUGCUUCAUCUCCAAAA